AUGGACAUCCCCAGCAGCAGCAGAGACUUCCGCUGCCUGCAGCUGGGCUGCGUGGCCCUCGGCCUGGUGGCUGGCAGCAUCAUCGUUGGCGUCUCCAUGUCCAAGGCCGCGGCGGCCAUGGGCGGUGUUUUCAUCGGCGCAGCUGGUCUGGGGCUCCUCCUCUUCGCCUAUCCCUUUCUGAAGGCUCGCUUCAACCUGGACCACAUCCUGUCAACGAUUGGGAACCCGAGAAUCCAGCCCCAUUCGGGGCCAGACCACGGGGAGGGAGGAUCCAGCGCCAGUGGCAACAAGGAGGGAACCCGUAGCAGCCUGUCCACCGUGAGCAGGACCUUGGAGAAGCUGAAGCCCGGGGGCCGGGGCACUGAGGAGGGCUGA